AUGGAGCAAGAGGUUAAUGGCCUGCAGCAGCAGCAACAGCAACAGCAACAGAUGCAAGUACAACGGCAUGGCUCUAAUGAAAAUGCCGCACAACAGACCACUCUGGUUGCGGCUCACUUGCAGGAUUUAAGUAUGGACGAUAGUUGUAACAAACAACGGCAUCCUUCACCCCAAAUUAGUGGUCAGAACCAGCAGCUGCAACAGCAGCAGUCUAGUAGGAACAGGAAGAGUUCUGUAAUUCAUGGUAGAAAAGCAGCUAAUUACUUGAGAGUGUUCGAUGAUAAAGACUCAGAUGUCUCGAUUCCUGAUCAAAGCCUAAGGAAGUAUUCUGGUGGUGGCUUAGGCUCCAAAUCUAAUUCAAACUCAAAUGAGACAGAGAUCGCGCAUGGUCCUAAAUCGUUUAUGAAGGUCAGCGUAGACCAACGACCUGUUUUGAAAAAUACUAAGUCGACAGAUUUGACAGAUUUACAUGAGCUGGAAGAUGUGGAUGCGACAGAAGGUGUUGCAUUAGAACCAAAAACUUCCGCGUCCGCUAUCUACUUAACAGAUGAAGAUCGUCACAUUUUAUCCAGUUAUAAAGAUAUCUCUAUAAUUGAUGAGAAAGAUAAGACAAGUGUCAAUCUCUUUGGCCCGGAUGUAGUGGUGCCCCCUAUUCAUAUCGGUGCUGCGAGAAAUCACAAGGAUGAAGAAUAUCCAAGGAAGUUAACUAAUACAGCUUUAGAACAACAACGGCACGAUGAACCGCUGAGAAUUGAAAAUAAGAUACCAAGUUUCAAUUCUAAGACAAUUCCUGAUGAAAGUGCUAUCGCUGACGAUGAUGAUGACGACGAUGUUGAAGAACACGGUGAUUUCCCCUUGGCGGUGGAAUUGAAACCUUUCACGAACAAAGUUGGAGGGCACACUGCUAUCUUUAAAUUCAGUGAAAGAGCCGUCUGCAAAGCUUUGGUUAAUACAGAAAAUAACUGGUACGAAACCAUAGAAAAGGAGCAUCAAGAACUUCUUCAAUUCAUGCCAAGAUACAUCGGUGUAUUGAACGUCAGACAGCAUUUCCACACGAAGGAAGAUUUCUUAGAAGAAAUAGUUAACAAUACAACCAAGUUCAAAGCGAAUAAUAAUACUAAUACCUCUAAUGACAACUCGCAUAUUUCCAGUAAUGAUCUGAGGAAUGAGAGAACACUUAAUGACCAAUCUAGAAGCUCAUGUAAUAGAUUAGCAUCACCUACAUUCUUGUCACGAAUGGAAGACAUCAAAGAAGGGAUUUCUACACUACCGGAAGUAGUGCUAGAUGACAACAAGCAUAUUAUACCCAAUUCACUGUAUCAACAAUAUUCUUCAUCCCGGUCGACUUCAAACUCGCCUUCUAGUGCUCCAAUAGAUUCAUUUUUGUCGUCUCGUUCUUUUGACGGAGGAGAGGUUUUUAAGGGUAAUUCCAAUCAAGGAUCUGGAUCAACUAGUGUCAACACAAAAUUACAAGAAUUGGUGGUCAAAGAAGCUUUCAUGAGACGGAAACCCUCGGGUGUAUGUUAUAGUCCUCGUUCUUCACGUACUAGAACAGGAUCUUCCUCGUCUCUAAAGGAAUGUAAACACUCGAGAUCUUCUUCCUCUUCUUCUAAUAAGAAAUCAAGAGGCCUGGGCAACGAACAAUAUUUACGGCGUAAUUCUAUGAAGCGAGCAGCCGUAUCGACAAAUAACGUAUUAGAUGUGAAUCCUAGCAACUUGGAAGAUGACGAUAUUAUGUUUAAGUUGGACGAUGAUGUUCAUGAAUCAGAUGUCAAAUCUCCCGAACAACAACAAGGUGCCUUCAACCAUGAAUCUGUUUCCGUGGAAGAGACUUCGCAUACUAUUGUCUCUAAAUUCAUCUUACUCGAAGACUUAACUCGAAAGCUUAAGUGCCCAUCAGUUCUUGAUUUGAAAAUGGGCACCAGGCAGUAUGGAGUUGAUGCCAAGAGAUCCAAACAGCUGUCACAGCGUGAAAAAUGUAAAAAGACUACUUCGAGGAAGCUUGGAGUGAGAUUAUGUGGGCUAAAGAUUUGGGAUAAGAAGCAUAAUUAUUACAUUACAAGGGAUAAGUAUUACGGUAGAAAGGUAAGAGUCGGUUGGCAAUUUUCUAGAGUGUUAGCAAGAUUCUUAUACGAUGGCGAGUCGAAAAGAAGUAUCGUUAAGCAAAUUCCUAUCUUGAUUCAACAAUUAGAUACUUUAUACAGUGAAAUCGCGAAGCUGAAAUCAUACAGAUUGUACGGAUCAUCUUUGCUCUUAUUUUACGAUGGCGACAACCCUCAGAACAAACGAUCUCGGGUGAAGGUAAACAUUAUAGAUUUCGCUAGGUGUGUCACUGAUCGUGAUAUAGAAAAGUCACUAGAUCGUUUUAAGAUUGCACCUCAUUUCCCAAACAGAGAGGAUCAGGGAUUCCUUCGAGGUAUAAAAUCCUUGAAGUUCUAUCUAGUUCAUAUUUGGAAUUUUUUAACUAACGACGCCGCUAUGGUCCAACAUGGAGAGCAGCUAACGCAGUUUUUGGAAGAUAAUAUAGACAAAUUCAAUUCCAACUGGGACUGGCUAGAUGAAUACGAUAAAGAAGAUGACGCCGAGGCCUGCAAUGCGGAAAGUCCUUUGCGCGUAAAAUGGCGGAAAUAUGAAUUGAUCUUUGACAUUGAGCCCAGAUACGCUGAUGACGAAGUCAGCGACUAA